AUGGUUGAGGUUGAAAAAAUAAAUGAUAAUUUAUCUAUUAUUAGUUCGUAUGAAACUCCACAGCAAUGGGCUAUUCGUGUAAAAGACGAUUUGCAAACAUUGAUUGCUGAAGGCUAUAGAAGCUUUUAUCAUGUAUUUUGCCUUUUCGGAUCAUUUGGGCAAGGAGUAACCAAAACAUACUAUAACAUCUGGGCGGGAAGAGAACUUCCCAUCAGUUAUCACAGACCUAGUGUUCAUAAAAGUCAGAUGGCUAUCUGUUUUAAAUGCUGGAAAUUGGUGAAGAUCACUGAAGAAUUUUCCAAGACUAUAUUACUUACCCUAUUCGAACACAUGACCAGCCAAUCACAUUUCAACGAACACUAUAAGAGUUUGCUUGACCAAUUACCCCCAUCCAUGAAAAAAGAUGUAUGGUUGCGUCUUACAACUCGCAAAAAUAAUCCCCUAUCUGAAGAACAGGCUCCCGUUGCUGAACACGAAGCUCACAACAAUAUUAAGAAAACCAUUGAGGCUCAGGUUGAGGAACGCAAACGUCUAAAAGAUGAAUAUGAUGCUCUUAUGGCUCGCAAAGAGAGUGAAUAUAAUAAUUGUAUGGUAGAUAUGAAGCAGAAAAUAUUUUCAUUUAAGCAUCAGCUAGAAGACCAGCAUAAAUCUCACUCUACCGACUUGGAGUGGCAAUACAAAUCUCAGAUUACAACUUUAGAAAAAUCUAUAGUCGUAAAAGAUAAGGAAAUUGGCAAGUUGUCUGCUACUAUCUCCCAACUUAAAAAUGAUAAGAAGGAUGUCCUAUUAUGUAUGGUUUAUGCGCUGUAA